CCCCCUGCUAUUAAGUUGCGGGAGCCGCAUAAGUUUGGCGGCAAAUCCGACGAUGUCAAAAAUUUCAUCCGUGACAAGGGCAGUGCGCUGGCGUGGUACAACGCCACGAUUCGUCAAAAGCCCCACUUGCUCAAUAAUUGGCAAGGGUUCACGGCUGAGUUCCUGAGUCGUUUCCAGACGACGGACUUGGUUUCUAAGUACACGCACAAAGCGGAGGCCCUGACUCACAAGGGACCCGUCGCUGAGCUGGUGAACCAGUUUCAGGAGUGCAUGGCAUAUGUGAACUGGUCUGAGCAGACGAAAAUCGUCAUGUUCAAUCGUAAGCUGAAGCCCGACCUUCGGCGCGCCCUCUUGGCGUCGCCAAAGAAGGAUACAUUUGACGAAUGGGCCCCUAUUGUCAUUGACAAAGACAACGAGUUACACGAGCUCGAAGUGGACCUUCGGCGCGAGGAGAAAAUCUCCAAGCCCAAGGCAACUGGGAAUGGGCGACCCUCGGAUCGCUCGUACAGUUCCCCGAGUUGGCGAUCGAGCGAUCGUCCAGGUACUUCCAACUCUCCCUCCCAAUCAGGGACUUCCGCUCCCGACACCAACGGCCCUACUCCUAUGGAGGUAGACGCCCUGCGUCAGGCUCCUCGGGGCCCGCUCACACCGGAGGAGAGGGCUUACCGCGACGCUAAUGGCCUCUGCCGCUAUUGCGGAGGCAAGCACAAGAUCGCUGAAUGCCCGAAGAUUCAGAAAAAACAGGCUGCCGAGAAUAAGGUUAGCAAGGCCGAUCCCUCUAAGGGAAAAGCCUGA